AGGAUAUGGUUGCUUCAUUGCACACCGUGAUGGACCACAUGUACUUCCUGGGUAACGCGAAGAAAUGGUUGGGGGAGGCGAUGGACGCAGACAAAUUGAGUGUGCUCCUGCAAGAACUCGACUGCGCCUUCGAGUGGGAGGACAGCGCCCACGUGAGUGAGUGCACGCGGAAAAUGGCGGAUGCCUUGCGCGACUUCCACGCGCGCAUUGAGGGCAGUGAUACAGUAAGCGAGGUCAAGAGUGAGAUCGAGGCACACAACAACCUGCACGGAUCCGGCGAGGAGGGAUCAGACUCGGACAGCAUCCUGGUGGUACUUGUCGGUGGCUUCAUGAUAGUCUCGGUGUUUGCUGCCGCUACUUAUGGAGGGGUGUACAUGUACGGCAAACGUCGCAAGGGUGGGCAAUUGUUCAACAACGACCGCAUUGACGAGUCCAUGAUGAUGGUCGCAGACGAGGACGACCUCGACGGGAGUGAUGAUGAACUAGCUUUAUAAUAAUCUCAAUAUUGAUGAAGGAGCUGCUGUUACAUUCAAAGUUUGAUGCAGCUGCAGUCUUGAAACGGCUAAAUGGUCGAUGGCACCAAUGUGUGCUUAUGCGCAGUUAUAUAAGUGGUGCCGAAAUCACGCGACUGAGCCAUUGUUGGCGUCCACCUCGCCUUCGCCUCAUUGUAAAUAUGAAAUAAACAGCAAUCACUGCAUAUCUCGCUCCCUUAUUAACUAUUGUGAUCGGAAACAAAUAGA